AGAGAUAUUCGUAUUGUCGAUCUGGAUAACAUUUUUAAUUUACUAAAAAACUUUAUCACUAAAUUUAUACGUGAAGAUGUUUUUUAAAUUAAUAAUUGCUUUAACAUGCAUGUCAUUUGUUAACUGUGGAAUCAAAUUACUUGCGGAAGAUAAAGCUGUAUUAGAAGCUUUUACGGAGGCUGUGAAACUUUUUAACCCUUCAUUUGGUCUUUCAAAGGCACACUUUUUAUUGAUUAUCGGUGACGAUGCUAAAACUAAAGAAGCUAUAGGCCGUUACUUCUUAAACAAUCCACAUGCAAGACGUUUUGAAGACAGAAUCAAUGAAGGAUUAUUUUUCGAUCUAGUGAGUGCAAUUAGUCGCGAUUGUAAUGUCCCUUUAAUAGAUGUAGCUGAAUAUAUGAUGUCUAAAAUUAAAAAACUAGCGCAACUUGAAGAAUCAUCUACUGGAAUUUCCACUGAUAUAGAAUCUUCAGAAUCAUCUGAUACUUGUAGCUCUUAUCAGUCACACAAAACAUCUUCUAGUGAUCAGCUAUCUGAAUCAUCUUGUAUUACUCUUUCUGACUAAUGUAAUCGUAACAUAUUAAUGUAAUAAUUUUAAUAAAUCAAAUAAUUUA